AAACCCAAUAGCGCUUCACUCACUGACUCACCUCCCCCACCCCCACACGGCCUCAAAACCCUGAAAUUCUCGCCCUUCGUGAUGGCUUCUAUUUACCACUAUGCCACUUCUUUUAUAAUCCUUCUCUCUCUCAUCGGCCCCAACUUGGGCGCUCUGGUAGAGCAGCAGCCUCUGGUACUCAAGUACCACAACGGCGCGCUUCUCAAGGGCGACAUAACCGUCAAUCUCAUAUGGUACGGCCGCUUCACCCCGAUCCAACGGUCCAUCGUCGUCGACUUCGUCCAGUCCCUCAGCUCCCGGCGGGCCCCGCCCGGCUCCGCGGCGUCCUGGUGGAAAACGACGGAGAAGUACAAGAGCGGUGCCUCGAACCUCGUGGUGGGGAGGCAAGUCCUACACGAGGCCUACACUCUGGGAAAGUCCCUCGGUAACCGACACCUGCUGGCCCUCGCGGGCAAAGUCAACGCGCUUAAAGCAAUAAGCGUGGUUCUGACCGCGAGUGAUGUGGCCGUCGCCGGGUUCUGCAGCCGGUGCGGGACCCACGGGUCGACCCCGGAUAAGAAGACGGCGUACAUCUGGGUCGGGAACUCGGAGGCCCAGUGCCCCGGCCAAUGCGCCUGGCCGUUUCACCAGCCCAUCUACGGCCCACAAACGCCGCCGUUAGUUGCGCCUAACGGUGACGUAGGGAUUGACGGCGUCAUCAUAAACCUAGCCACGCUGUUGGCGGGAACCGUGACCAAUCCGUACAACAACGGCUACUUUCAGGGUCCGGCGAGCGCGCCGCUUGAGGCGGUCUCGGCGUGCACGGGCGUUUUUGGAUCUGGGGCUUACCCGGGUUAUCCGGGUCGGGUCCUGGUGGAUAAACCGACUGGGGCGAGCUACAACGCGGUUGGGGCCAACGGGCGUAAGUUCUUGCUGCCCGCCAUGUGGGACCCGCAGACCUCUGCGUGCAAGCCGCUUGUGUGAGUGAUGUGGCAAGCAUCUGGGCCGCACGUGAUGGUGUAGAUAUUAUUAUAAUAAUAUAAUAUUAAGGUUGAUAUAUAUUAUGGUGAUGUGAUGGUGUACGAUGGGGUGGAUAGGGUUUUUUGAGGGGGUUUUGUACACACUUGAAGGUUGUCGUCUUGCGUGACGUGUAAAUUUUAUUUUCUCUGUCUUUAAAAACAAAUAGAGGGAAAAUGUUUGUGAAAGCAAAAGGAGAAAUGAAGGUGGCAUUGGCAUUAUGAAGCUUGGGUUUACUUUUGGGUAAUAUUUUAUAGGAUAAAGGAAAGCUUAAUGAUUUUAUGCUAGGCCCUGGGAGACCAUUGUGACAAGUAUGCGAGAAUAAACUUACCUAUAUUCGCAACCC